UUGUCUCGUUUCCAUGUUCGAGACCCAAACAAAUUUCAAAAUGGCGCUUCCGACGUUACAACCAUACUGGAUGAAAAAUUAUAAAAGCCGUUCUGAAGGACUUAUGGUGAGAAGAAAUCAGAAUGAAGCAGAUCGAAGGCAGGCCUGGGAUGGAAACGCAAAGUAUUUUCACAGAAACGAGAUAGAAGCCACUAAACAGAGAGCAUGGGGGUCCGAUUCCUGCUUUCAAGAGAGUAUGAGUGCCCUCGAUACAUUAUACAAGAAAGACCACAGAAAAGAGAAACUAGAAGAACGGAGGAAGAAACUUGCUGAGCUGCUACUGCAGGAAAAAACGGAGUAUGAGGAACAAUUAAGGGAUGCCAGACUGGGAGAGUCAGGAAAGUUGAUACAGAUGAGGGAUAGGGCUGAAGAGCUAAAGUCUGGAAAAGAGACAAGGCGAAAAGAGCUGGCACAACAGAAACUCUAUGAACACUGGAAACAGAAUGCUCCUGAACUACGACAGAUUGAAUCAGAACAAUUUAAAGAGCAUGUGGUUGAGAGCUGGGGAGAGCAAGUUGUUGACAAAGCAGAGAAUCUGAAAACUGCCAGGGAAGAAGAUAGAAGAAUAAAUGCAGUAAUGGAGAGAGAUCGUUUGCUAGCAGUACAAAAAGAACAUGAAAAAGAAGAGGCAAGAAGGAGAGGAGAAAAAGUAAUAGCAGAGCAGCUACGAGGGCAAAUGGAGGAACUUAAACUGAGGGAGGAGGAAGCAGUGAUGUUAAAAAAAGAGCAAGAAAUGUUGAUAGCUGAGCAGCAAAGAAUAGAGCAGGCGGAGGAGCAACGGAGAGCCUUGGAGGAAGCUCGCAGGAAGCGGGAAUUCGGACGAGUUUUGCUAAGACAACACAAAGCGCAGAUGAUGAGGAAAAGUCAGGAGAUACAGCAAGCUCUGGAACUUGAUUUGAAAAUUUUAGAAGCCAUGGCGAAAGAGGAAAACAAGGACAAAGAAAUUAUGACAUCGCGGAGGGAGAAAGCGAAAGCGGACGCGGAGUACAUGCGACAGGUCGUCGCAGAUCAGCUGAAACUUGAGCGGGAGCGUGAAGCCGAACUUGACAUGUUGUACAGGGAUGAAGCAGCACGGAUGUGGUCCAAACGAGAGGCGGAAUGGGAACGGGAGAGAUUGGCGAGAGAGCGCUUGAUGGCUGAGGUGCUCGCCGAGCGUAAACGGCAGCUGGACGACAAGAUGUCCAGGUUACGGCAACGCCAGGAGGAGUCUAUUGAGAGCCGAGAAGAGUUGCUCCGGGAGCUGGAGGAGGUCCAGCGCAUGACAGCACGGGAGAGGCUCGAGGAGGACAAGAAACGCAGAGACGCGGAUAUACAGAUGAGGGCCCAGAUCGAGGCGAGACGCGAGAGGGACUUGGAAGCAGCCAUGCGUGAGCAAGAAGAGUUCGACAGACAAAAGGAGGAAGACGCGGUUUAUGAGCAGAUGCUGCGAGACGAGGCGUCCCGGAUGAAGUCGCACAGGCCAGAACCCAGGUUCGUUCCGCGGCGUCGAACAGCAUUUCAAUGAAUUACCGAUACCAGUACCUGAUGCACCUAUUCUCGGUCUAACACCUCGAAUGGCGGCUGUAUAAAGUAGUCAUAAUAACACAUGGAUAUAUCUAGGCGUGUAAAUAGUUAAUUAGUAGCGUUCUAAUGAAUCGAAUUUUUUCGCUUCUAUUUUUAUUCUAGCAUUUCUUGAAAUCUCGAACAUACAACAUGAAGCAUGGCCUGUACAUGUGAUGGAAGAGUAAUCCAAAUAAUUGUUACAUUAUCAGCUAAUGUUUAUGCAUACAUUUGUAAAUAUAGGGUGUUUUGAAAAUACAGGUCAAGUCAAUAUAAUUAUAGUACAAGGA